AUGCUUGCAAACAAAAGUUCUAUUGCGUUUAAAUAUAUAUAUUCGCGAAUAAUAGUGACAAAAAAGAUUUCAACAAAUAUAAAGAUUUUUGAACACCUUACACAUUUGAGAGAAUAUUUUAGAAAGGAAGAAGAAAAUGGUGGGGUGGUACCUAUUUUUAAAAAAGUGUUGUUACAUGCAGAUCAUAUUGCUAUUAAAAGUAAUGCUACUGAAUAUUCAUACCAACAACUAUAUUUAGGCUCAAAAAAGUUAUCCAUUCAAAUAUCCAACAUAUGUGGUAGUGGUGCAUCAUGUAAUGUUGCAGUUUUUUGUGAAAAUAACGCUUUAUUACCAUUAACGCAAUGGGGCUGUUGGAUGUCUGGACAAGUUUUUAUGCCACUUCUACAUAAAUUUCCAUUUGAAACAUUAAGUUUUAUUAUUGGUGAUUCCAAAUCUAAAAUAAUAAUUUCUGGACAACUAUAUGAAAAGAUAGCUAAGAAGCUUGCUACAAUGUUUGAUAUACCACUAAUUAUUAUUGAUCACCAUUUUAUACCAGAACAUAGCAUAAAUCAUCACUUUUUGGAAAAGACUUUACUUACGGUCGGGAGUAAUGUUUUUAUAGAAGGUACUUUAAAUAACGACUUCUAUUCUUGUUCUGUUGCAAUGUUGGUCUAUAAUAACAGUACAGCUAAAAAACCAAAAGGAUGUCGAAUAACACAUAAAAACCUGCUCUCGCGAAUAAAGGGAACAUCACAAGUAUGGGAUUAUAAAUCAAGUGAUGUUUUGCUAAACUUGUUGCCGGUAGAAUUUAAUAAUUAUAGCGUACACUCUAUGAUGUGCUUGCUAAGUGUUGGUGGAAAAAUUGAUUUAUGCUAUAAUAUCAAUUACGACAAAAUAUGGAAUAAAAUACUUGGUAUAAAUAUGCUAAUAAAGGAUAAACCCAAUAUGCUGACAGCAUUACCUUCAACAUAUACCAAAAUCCUCAAAAUAUAUGCCAAAGCAUUUUCUAAUAAUCCCAGCAUGGUUGAGUAUAUUAAAACCUAUUGUCAGCUUAAUAUUCGACUAAUGAUAUCUGGAUCAACUCCCUUACCAAUGAACAUUUUCUAUUAUUGGUAUAAAUUAACAGGACAUAAACUACUCCGGUAUUAUGAAACACCCGAAACCGGAGCAAUUUUAGGUAAUCCAUAUAUUGAAGAUAUAAGGCGUAAGCGGAAGCAAAACUCUUUUAAUGUGCCGUUUCCUCAAACUAUAAUUCGUAUUGUAAAUUCUAAAGAUAAAACCAUACUUGCAGCUGCAAUUGGAAAUACAGAAAAUGGAGGGGUUGUUAAUGCUGCACAAAUUGUAUCUUUCAACACCAGAUCUGACAAUUUUUUAGGGGAACUUCAUGUAUCAGGGCAAACUAUUUUCAAAGGAUACCUGCAUCAAGAUGAUACUAAAAUAUGCUUUGAAAACAAUUUUUAUAAAACAGGUAUUAUUGUGGAAUUUGAAAAUAAUACCCUUAGGUUACUGGGGCGUGUUGACAGCAUAGUUUUUAAAAGGGCUGGACGAAGUAUUUCAAGUGAUGAAAUAGAAACACUAUUAAAAACUCACUAUAAAAUAAAAGAUGUUGCAGUUGUAGCUGUUCGUCACACACACUGGAAUAUGAGUAUUUGCGCUGUAUGUGUUAUUAAAGCAGAAUCAACUCAGGAUUUAGCCAAUAUUAAGCUAUUUUGUUCUAAAUGGUUGCCUCCACAUAUGUGCCCUGAUAUUUUUAAAAUUGUUCCAUAUAUACAUCGAAAUUCGGAAGGAAAAAUUGAGAAGAAUCAUUUAACAAAAUUGUAUUAUUUUUAAUAUCUGCAUUAUAUGUCGCUGAGAAAUUUACUUAUAGUUAUUAUAAGAUGUUUCCGAUUAUAAUAACAUAAUGUCUAAUAAUCAUUACUCUAACGAAAUUGUUUUAAAGUUGG